AUGACUGCAGUCAAUGUAUUGGCUGUGAGUAUGCACAGAGCAUUACUCAUUACUGGAGGCAACGACAGUCGAAUAGUCGUAUGGAGUCUUGUGUCCGGCGAAAUGAUUCAAGAAAUUUUUGCACCAGGAGCAGGUUAUAUUAGUGCUAUUAUUUGGAUGGAUUUCGACGACCAUGGGGAAUCUGCCUUUGCGUUUGGGGCUUUGGAUGGCAACAUCCAAAUAUAUGAACGAUCCAAUGAUGCGUUAUUUGAAUUCCGGAGCACUACCAUAGGCCACUCAGGUGCAGUGGAGUCGCUUGCUUGGGAUCCUGUUCACCGUCGACUGGCGAGUGCCAGUGACGGUCUCCCUUGUGUUUGGCACUUGACGCCAGAUAAAACCCUGAUGUCCAUCAUCUCGCAGCCCGAUAAGCAGCCGUACAUUGCGCGCACUGUACACUUCUAUGACAAUGGUGCUUCUCUCUUAGUAUCAUUUCUUGAAAGCGGUGAAAUAUUCUGCUAUUCUAUCGAGCCUUGGGAUUUGAAGUGGCACAAAAAGGUUCAAGGCAGAAUCGGUAAUACCGCCCUCGAGGGCAAUUUUCUCCUUGUGAGUAAUCUGAAGGAUGGGGUAGACAAAUAUGCCAUUCCUGCACUCCAGCGCGUACAAUCAUACAGUCAUGUAAUUUUGCACAACGUUCCUUUGCAAAUCUCCAUUGCUCGUCAGGCGGGGCUUAUUUUCGUGGGGGGUGAUGAUGGUUUUGCUCGGGUAUUUGAUUAUAGUUCAGGGGCAUAUCGAGGGCAGCUGGAACACGGCAAUCGAGGUGAUCACAUUAUCCCCAUCACAUCGCAUGAAGGGUGCACUGGGUGCACCGUUGUUACUGGCAGUUGCUUCAAUGGGCAUAGUAACGUGAAGGCUUGGCAGGAGGACAAUGUGACACCUCCCUCACCCUCUGCAGGAACUUCACCAACCAUGCAGCUCGUUCAAUUUGCUGUGAUUUGUGUUCUCAUAAAUGUUGUCAUGCAUGCUCUCCAUUCAGGAACAUUGUCAAAAUUUUACCUGUCAAUUAAAGACAGUAUAGGGUUGAUUUUUGGCCCCUUGGUCGUAGCCAUCAGUCAGCUUUCGGGUAUCUCCAGCGGAGUUUGA